AUGGAGAAUGUACUACUCACACAGAUUGUCAGAGAUAUUAAGAAGAGAACCAAAACUGCAAAUGUGGUGGUAAAACUGGACAUGGCCAAGGCAUAUGAUAGAGUCUCUUGGCUCUUUCUCACCAAAGUUCUCAGAAAAUUUGGUUUUAGUGAGGUGCUCAUUGACAUGGUGUUCAGGCUACGGUCAAACAACUGGUACUCAGUUCUCUUGAAUAGGCAAGUACAUGGAUUUUUCAAGUCAUCAAAGGGUGUAAAACAAGGUGAUCCUCUAUCCUCUACUCUCUUCAUUUUAGCUGCUGAGGCCUUAUCAAGAGGAUUAAUUACAUCGUACAAAAAACCAAGUAAACUUUCAAUCAAGUAUAGAAAUCUGUUUUUAAAAGUGAGGCCUCAAGUUAGACAACUCUUCAUCGGCCCAAGUGUAGUAAUCUGUUCAUUAAGAAUCAUAGAAGCAACAGCAGCUGCUUUGCCUUUAUCAAAUGCAGCUUCUCAGCAGCCAACCACACUUAAAGUGCAGCAGCAGCCAGUUAGCAAUAGCACCAAAGUAUUGCAGUUAUUUGCUUCAUUAUGCAGCAAUGAUUCAGCCUCAAAACACAAUAACAUUUUAGCCCAAGGUGCAUGCGUGGCAAGGGAGACUACUGUCAUAUGGAGGAAGAGCAACACUAAUUCUCAUGUGUUACAAAGUAUGCCAGUAUACCUAUUAUCAGGAAUGAACCCUCCAAAGGGUGUGAUCAGACAAAUGCAUAGUAUCUUCUCAAGGUUUUUUUGGUCAAACUCUGGUGACAAGAAAGGUGUGCGUUGGGUUAAAUGGGAGACACUGGCAUUGCCAAAAGAUGAAGGAGGACUGGGGUUCAGAUCAUUAUUUGAAGUUUCAAAUGCCUUUUUCUGUAAACUAUGGUGGAACCUCAAAACAAAACUUUCAUUUCAGAGUUUUUUCAUGAUAAACAAAUAUUGUAAAAAGCUUCAUCCUGUGAUUGCACAAGCUAAAAUGGCAUCUCCUAUCUGGAGAAAAUUGGUGAUGGUAAGGGAAUUGGUGGUGCAUCAGAUAUGGUGGCAAGUGAAAAAAGGGGAUUCCAGCUUCUAG